UGAGACUUGUUAUACACAUAUAUUUUCAAAUUUUUCUAAUUGCUUGGCCUGUGAAAUCUCAACAGGACAAAGAAAAGGAUUGGCCUGUGAAAGUUCAAAGUAAUGCCAAAGAGGAUUGGCCUGUGAAAGUUCAAAGUAAUGCCAAAGAGGAUUGGCCUGUGAAAGCUAUUAGUAACAACAAAGAGGAUUGGCCUGUGAGCGCUCAAAGUAAAACCAAAGAGUUUGGGUCUGAGAAAGCUCAGAAGAACACCAAAGAUGCACCAGAAGAUUCUAUCGACUGCAGAAAUGAUACAUCAUCUUGCCAUGCAGACAUUGCGUACUGUCAACCUAAAACAAAAUUAUGUGUUUGCUAUAAUGGGGCAUCUACAUAUCCAUCAUGUGGCAAAAGAGUUGGAACAGCUUGUGACGAAUGUACUGAUCUAGAAUAUUGUGAUUUGAAGGAGGGAACCUGUAUGUGUAAAUGGGGAGGGUUUGCUCCAGAUUGUGCAACAAAAGAUUGCGGUCCUUAUGCAAUGUUUCUUAAAGGAGAGUGUAAGUGUAUGUAUGGGGAAAAAAAUGAUGGUAAAGGCUGCGCCACUUGUGCUAAAAACUGUGGAAACGGAGCCACAUGUGAAGCAGAAGGGCCAUUUCAUCAAGAAUGCAUUUGCAAAUAUGGGGGAAAGUUUCCAAAGUGCAAGAGGAAGAGAGUAUGGACCAAAUGGAGUACGUGGUCUAAGUGUACUACUACUUGUGGUAAAGGCACAAGAACUAGAAGUAGAAAGUGUCUUAAUAAAAAUGGAAAAUGCAAGGGGAAAUAUGAUGAAAAAGCUGAUUGUGAGCAAGCUGUCUGCAAUGUGUCAUGUAAAUGGUGUCAAUGGAGUGAAUGGACAAGACCUGCAAAUAAUACAACAUGUGGUAAGGCAACAAGGUCUAGAAAGCCAAAUUGUCCUGCAGUGGCUGGUGGGGGAUACCCAUGCCUUGGACAAACAACUCAGGAGAAGGAAGGUUCAGAUUUACCUGCUACAGCAGCCUUUGGGAUUGAUUAUCAUCGUUUACAAGACUGGCGAAAAAAUAGAUUUGGUGUUACUUGUCCAGGAGGCUGUUUUGAAGUUACAAAGGCUGUUCAUGAUUGUGAGGCAAGAAUGCCUACAGAAGCAGAAUUAAAGCUAGUUCGAGAUCAUUGUGAUGGAAAAGAAACUUGUGAGUUUAUUCCUGGAGAUGAUUUUUUUGGAACUGAUCCUAACUCUGUUAACUGUUCACGGAAAACCUGGAUGGGAUGGAAGUGCAAUGGGAACAACAAUUCAAUGAUUAUUAGUUUUGACACUGAACCUAUACAUGAUCCCUACCCUAUUUAACUAUUAAUAAACUUAAAAUAUAAUAAAACUUAGAUUUAGA